AUGUUCCAGACCGAGAUGAAGGAACAGUCUACUGGUCUGUGUGAGAUCGCCGACUUGGAUGGCAACGUGCUAGACACACUCAUCCAUUACGCUUACACUCAUGAACUGAAGUUUAACGACGAUUUUGAUCAAUCUGAAAUAGAUGAAAGUCUUGAGCAGCUAUGGAUGGCGGCCGAGAAAUACGACAUGAAGAAGCUACGAGCAGCCUGUGAAGUUCGGAUGACGGAGGAAGUGUAUGCGGAUAAUGCGUUCCGUUUCCUGGCGUUUGCUCGAGAACACGAGAUUAAGCAACUGCGAAUGACAGCGGCGAAAUGUAUUGGCGACCAUCCUUCGAGUAUCUGA